UCCCGUCGCACGAACGAACACGAAGCCAAAGAAGCUGAGCGAGGGGGAGGGGCGACUGCCCGCACGGAGAGACACAGACGCUGACAGACAGCGAGAAAUUGGCGGCCACGACCACCGCCGCGUCGCCGGGGAACCGCUCGCCGGGUCACGCGGUGAGCUCCCUCGCCCGCCGCGUCUCCCUCGGGCGCGACCCCGCCCCCGCGGAGUCUCCCCCGUGGUCUACCACCGCGCCCUACCUCAGCGUCACCGCCGACGCCUCAAUCUCGCCCCUCCACGCCUCCCGCCUCGCACGCGGGCCGCCGCAGUCGCCUCCCCCGCUCUUCCUCGCCGGGGCAUCGCGCCCCUGCUGUCCCCGCCCCGCCCCGCCCCGCCCCGGUCUCUGGCCAUUUUUUUUUGAGAGACGGUCUCUGGCCAUUUGGGGUUUGAGAGAUGUUGCUUGCUGCCACCAUUAGCAGGUGAACCGGUGCAGAAUAACAAUGCCCAUAUCUUAUGAGAUGGAGGGUGGGCCUACUGUACUGCAGUUAUAUAAGUGGAAAAGCUUGCAUCCCUGUCUUGAACUAUCAAAAUUCUGUGAAGCGUCCAUUUCUCCUACAAGGAGCCUGUUUGGACUGCUCUCGGAACAUGGCGAUCUUGUUCUGUCAACUGUCAAUGUCCAACCAUCACAAGUUGAAUCACCUAUGGCUCUCUCAGAUAGUAGCUUGCCAGUGUUUGAGUGUUUUUCUUCUAUUCCCAGGGUGAAGUCUUUAGCAUGGGGACACUGCUGUGAUGCUUCUAGUCAACUUGAGGUUCCGGCUUUCAGUGAAUUUCUUGUUUUAUCUAGUGAUGAUUCUAUCACAGUUCAUGCGUUUUGUCAUUCUGACAAAAGUGCAGUAACAGUCAAUUGUGAUACUAAAGAGCUGCAUGGGGAGUGGAAAGAAUGGUUUCCUACCAAGUGCUCAGUGCCGGAGGAUGGCGAGUCGGGUGCAAGGAACUGCUUUCGCUCUUUUCUGACUACAAUCAGUGCAGCUGUUUGCAAUGGAAAAUACCAAGCCAGAUUUCCUCUGAAGUCUUCAUUGCCUCAUUCUGCAGAGGUGGUAUCAUUUAGCAUAUAUGAUAUUACUAUGUCCUUUCUGAAAUUCUGGUUAAGCAGUUCUGCUAUGAAGACUAGGACGGAAACUGACAGUGGAUCUCCUGAAGAUCUUCCAAGUCAUGGACCUGUAGCUGAAGCAUCAUGCAGCUGCCAGUGGGAAUGUUUAAAAGUUUUGCCGGUUAUUUGACCGGUUUAGUGUUAACUCCUAAUGAAUCUGUAAAUUGCGAGGUCCAUCAACGCAACGCCAAAAAUAUUUUGGUGGCUAUCCUUGAGCUAAACCAUUGGGGUAUACAGUGGAACUUUGUGGUAGACCUUCAGACUGCAUAUGAUGAUGUAGAACCUAAUCCACAGUGGGUCGAUUUCCAACUGUCAGAUAUAUUUCUUGCCUCCAUCAAUGCAGUGGGUUUUGUCGCCAUUUGGAAUGCGAAAACUGGUCACCCUAUCAGCUCGUUUAGUGUUCUUGAUCGGUGCAGAAUAGAUCUGGAGAUGCCUUUGCCCACUGUAACAAAUGUAGGAGAAAGCACCUGUGUUGAGAAUGUCAUUGGCAGAAUGUUCAAGAGGUUAGUUUUGGCACCACAUUCUCCACUUGUUGCUGCUGUAGAUGAGGCUGGGGUAGUCUAUGUGUUCUAUGCUGACGAUAUCUUAAAUUUCAAAGCCAAUGCUCAUGAAAAGUUUGACCAACCUUCUAUAAAUCAUUAUGGCAAUAAUUUUGCUGCCUGGGAAACUGCUGGUCAUGAGAUCGGGAGUCAAACAUUUUGCAGUCAUCAGCCAAUUAGACAAGGGUCACUUAAUCCAGACAAAAUGGUAUAUGAUUUUUCAGAUAGAUACAAUGCUGGUGUCGUCGGAGCUAGGAAAAGAAGAAAAUACUGUAAAUGUAAUGAAAAUCAAGUGGAUAGCUGGCCAAGUGGUUUCAGUACUACAUCACAAAUGAAAGAUGUGGUAACUUAUCCUUCCACAAUGGUGGGUUCUGCUCAUGUGCGAAGAGUAGUCCUUCCUCCAUGCAGAUCACAGGAGAAUGUAAUAAGCCUCUCACCAUUUGGACUGACAAGGAUCUUUAGAAGUUGCAAUGCAGAGGGACAUAAACAUGUUAAAAUUAUUCACACGGAGUUGCUUAUGGCUUCAUGUUCACUUGACGAGAGAGAUAUUGAUGCUGGUUUUCUGGACAGGAGCCUCCCAUAUCAGAAGGAUUUUUCUUUUGCUGGUGAAUCUGCUGUUUGCUCCUUUCAGGGAUAUUUGUAUUUGAUUUCGCAGGAUAACCUUUCUGUGGUCCUUCCAUCAGUGUCUGUAUCGUCUUUUUCAUCUCGUAUCGAUGCCACUCAAUUUUGGCAACCAGGUUUUUCUGGUGGUAGUGCAUGCAAUGCUCUGAAUUUGUUGUCAGUAAAUAGACUUCGAACAAGAUUGGAGGCCUGGCAAAUAGAGGUUUUGGAUAAAGCAUUGUUGUAUGAAGGACCUUCAUUAGCAGACAGGCUCUGCUGGGAGAAUGGAUGGGACAUGAAAAUCUCUAGGCUGCGCUGGGUGCAAUUGUCAUUGCAUUACACAAAUAUCAAUGAUCUGGAGCAAUCGUUGAAUAUGCUCGCGGAGGUUGAUCUUGCAGAAGAAGGUGUUUUGCAACUGCUAUUGGCAUCUGUUUAUCGGCUAUUAUGUAGCACAAGAAGUGAUCAUGAGGCUGCAGUGUCAUCCAAGUUAAUGGUUUUAGCAGUCCGCUUUGCAACGAGAACAAUCAAGGCUUAUGGGCUACUUAAGCAAAAGAAAGACAUGCCAGCCAAUUCAGUAAAGCUUCAUGAAAUGGCUUUCCUUUUGGGAGUAAUUAGAAGUAUCCAGGGCCGAAUCACUGCAAAGAACCAGAAUUCAGUCCGGAUGGUGUAAGGCUUGCCUCGUAUAAUCCUUCCCCAGACCCCACCUGGUGUGGGAGCUUCUAGCACUGGCAAGGAGAUGAUAAAAACUCACUGAAAAUAGGCAAAGAAGUACUAAAAAAUGAUUCUCCAUCCCCAGUUGUUGUAGUGGAUGGUGUUUCACCAGAACUGUCAGCUGGUUUAGAUGCUCCUGACAGACAAGGAUCAACAUGUA